CUGACUGCGAGGCGGCGGACCGGACGGCCCGUGCAUCCCCAGCUGAGCCGUCCCGGCUGAAGCCGCCGGUGCCGACCGCCUCAAAGCCGACUUUGGCGGCGGUUCGUCGCAGCGCGUCGUCGCGGCCGCCGGUGCCGCCGCCGCCGGUCCCUCCGCGCGCGCCGCCCACCGAGGGGCACACGCGCGUGUUUCGGACCAAGUCGGCUCCGGGCGGCCACCAGGCGCGGCUGUCGGUGUUUCCGACCGCUGCCGGCACUCCGGUGGAGGUCACGGUGCUGCAGAGUGUCCCGAGUGCCGGCGGAUCGGCGCCGAGUGCCGGACAGACCUCUGACGGCCCUAGCAGCCCGGAGCGCCGGGCCGCCGCCGGCUGGCCGACGCAGACGGUCACCUGGGGCUUCACCGCCUGGUCGCUGAGUCCCGGCGCAUACAACCAGUAUCUCCGACCGGUCAACGGACAUGGCGGGACUUACCACAAGGACUCGUACAUGGCGCACCGGCGUGACUGGCGUCAGGGCCUUGGCCACGAGGGUCGCUACCGGCGCACGGAGUCGCCGUCCCCGGCCGGCGAGCGGCGCCGACCCAGCUGGCCAGUGGCGCUCUCGCCGCCGACCAUCGCGCGCAGCGUGUCGUACGCCGCGCCCAGCCGGCAGGGCCCUCAGCCGGCGCCGCUGCGGCUGCCGCACCCGGCCAGCGCCGAGGGGCUCCACCCGGCGCCCUCCGACACAGACGAGAGUCAGUGGUGGGCGUCGGACAGCCAGUCGACAGCCGGGCCGCCCUCUCCGAGCGGCAGUCUGUCGGCGCCCACUGCCGGUCCGCCGUCGCCCAGUGGCAGUCUGGGCACGCUGCCCCUGCCGACAGCCGGCGGCAGUCGGACCCUGCCCCCGCCGUCACCCGGCGGCAGUCGGACCCUGCCCCCGCCGUCACCCGGCGGCAGUCGGACCCUGCCCCUGCCGACAGCCGGCGGCAGUCGGACCCUGCCCCUGCCGACAGCCGGCGGCAGUCGGACCCUGCCCCUGCCGACAGCCGGCGGCAGUCGGACCCUGCCCCUGCCGACAGCCGGCGGCAGUCGGACCCUGCCCCUGCCGACAGCCGGCGGCAGUCGGACCCUGCCCCCGCCGACCCCCGAGACCAGACCCCGCCACCACUCGGCCGGCUCGAUCGGCAGCGGCCGUCAGCUCAGCGCCAUCUCCAUAGAGGUGGUACCCCCGGCCGAGUCCGGCGGGCAGUCGGAGCCGGCCGUCGCCGCCGACGAGGAGGUGUUCGCCGCCGCCGUGCCGCCGACGGCGCUGCCCGAGGACGAUACCGCUGAGAGCGACGCGGGCGACGCGCCGGAGGAGGCCGGGCCGACUCCUGCCGUCGGCGACGGGCCGUCAGCGGGGCAGCCGCCAGCGCCGUCCCCGCCGCCGGCCCGCCCGGCGCCUCCGCGGCCCGGCGGCCGGCGCGGCUCGGUCGACCUGCUGUCGGUCAGCCCGGCCAGCCCCGGGGUCAGCCGGCGUCCCUCGCUGCCGGCCUCUGCCGGUCAGGCCGACGCCCGGCCACCGGCGCCGCCGGCCGUCAACGGGGUGCACCGCGCCUCGCGGGUGGCGGCCGGCCUGGCGUGGUCGGAGCGGCAGACGGCCAGGGACCUGCUGAACCCGCGCCACCUGCCAGAGGCCACGGCCGCCCAGCAGGAGACCUGGCGCCGCCGCGGCUCCGGCGCCGCAAAAGUGGCAGGUACCGCGGGUGACGUCUCGCCGGCCGACCUGCCCUGGCUGGUGCGGCCCGACGUGACGUCACUGCCUCUGACGGUGACUUCACACCAGGUGGGCACCGGCCGGAGGAUCCCGCUGAUCGUGACGGCGCCCGUGGAUCCGACCAUCGACACGGCGCUAUCAUCCGGUUCGGAGUCUUCAGUUAGCGACCCGGACAACGCCGAGGCCAUACGACAGCGGCAGGGCGAGCUGUCGGCGUCACUGGCGCGCCAGCUGGCGGCUCUGCGUGAGGAGCAGCGCGCCGUGGAGGAGGAGGCGGCGGCCAACGCGGCGCUGGGCGCGGCCGUGGCGGCGCGCGUGGAGCAGCUGGCGCGCCCCUCUGAGGCCGAGCGGUACCGCGCCGCCGUCGACCAGGUGUCUACCAUCACCAGCCUGCUGCUGGGUCUGGCCGGCCGGCUGGCGCGCACAGAGGCCGCCCUGGCCGCCCUGCCGCCGCACUGUCCCGAGGAGAAGGCCCUGCUGACCAGCAAGCGGGACAAGCUGUCGGACCAGCUGUCGGAGGCGCGCCAGCUGGAGGAGGGCGUCCGCCGGCGCCGCCAGCUGGUCGACACCUGUCUGGAGCGCUACCUCAGCAGCGACGAGCUCGCCGACCACAGGCACUUUGUCCAGACCAAGGCCAAGCUGAUCCAGGACGCGCGCGAGAUCGAGGACAAGAUCCGCCGAAAGGAGGAGCAGCUGGCGGCGCUGAGCCGCGCGGCGCUCAGCACCUGACGGACUGGGGGUACGGGGUCAGUGCAGCGCCACCUACCGGUCACAGGGACCUGCAGCGCCUUACACCUGCCGCGGUGACCUGCAGCGCCGCCUACCGGUCACAUAGACCUGCGGCGCCACCUACCGGUCACAGGGACCAGCAGUGCCAUAUACCUGCCGUGAUGACCUGCAGCGCCGCCUACCGGUCACAGGGACCUGUAGCGCCACCAGCCGGUCACAUGGCCCUGCGGCGCCACCUACCGGUCACAGGGGCCUGCAGCGCCACCUACCGGUCACACGGACCUGCAGUGCCAUGCACCUGCCGCAGUGACCUGCAGCGCCGCCUACCGGUCACAGGGAGUUGUAGCGCCACCAGCCGGUCACAGGGACCUGCAGUGCCACCAGCCGGUCACAGGGACCUGCAGUGCCAUAUACCUACCUGCCGCAGUGACCUGCAGCGCCACCAGCCGGUCACAGGGAACUGCAGAACCAACUGUCGGUCACAGGGACCUGCAGUGCCAUACGCCGAUGUGGAGACCUUUAGUGCCAUCUGCCAGCCGGGCCGGGCUGACCUGCCGGAAUCUGCCCUCCUCUCCCUACAAAGGGUCAGUGACGGUCACUGUGUGGCCUGGGACCGGAACCGUGCGUGCCGGAACCGGCGGCUCUGGCUGUGAUAAAUGGAGGAGGCCGGAGCUAGAACGGUUCGUCAGUAGCGCAGCGGUACCGCGGUGACAGAGCUAUGUCCGCGAUAUAUGUCAGGCUAGUCGCCUGAGUCACCGGGUGUGCCCGACACCAAAACCGAGGGUCCAAUCUCGCUGUGUUUUGACUGAUGUCGAUAUUUGUACGGUGCCACCAACGGGUCACUUAUCCAGCAUGUGUAAUUGCAUUAAUGUCUGAUAAUACACGCCGAACGCCUAUUA